UGGUGCAUUAAUACAGAGAGUGUGCAAUCGCGGCGAAGAAUUGGGAGAGACUGAGGAGCGAGAAAUCCAACCAUUUUCUAACCUCCUCUCUCGCAUUUCUUUGCAAAUUUCGUUCACUUCGAUUCACCAAAUGGCUCCGUCUUCAGAAACUUCCGUUCGCAAGAACAUGAUUCCUUCAUUUCUCUACGGUUCUUCCCCUAAAACCCUACCGGUUAUUCACCAGAUCAUCAACUCCGGUCCCGCUCCUUCCGCCGCCGCGUCGCCUUCGUUGUCCGGAACUGGAUCUUUCAUGAUUCCUUCUCCCAAGGAAUCCGGCAAGAUCGAGAUGUACUCACCGGCUUUCUAUGCUGCUUGUACCGCUGGUGGAAUUUUUAGCUGUGGUCUUACUCACAUGACCGUCACUCCUCUUGACCUAGUCAAGUGUAAUAUGCAGAUUGACCCUGCCAAGUACAAGAGCAUCUCAUCAGGGUUUGGAGUAUUGCUCAAGGAGCAGGGAGUUAAGGGCUUUUUCCGCGGCUGGGUGCCUACUUUGCUUGGAUACAGUGCACAGGGUGCUUGCAAGUUUGGAUUCUAUGAGUUCUUUAAGAAGUACUAUUCUGAUAUUGCUGGUCCAGAGUAUGCAAACAAGUACAAGACCUUGAUCUACCUUGCUGGUUCAGCAUCUGCCGAGGUUAUUGCUGAUGUUGCACUUUGCCCAUUUGAAGCUGUGAAAGUUCGUGUUCAAACUCAACCUGGUUUUGCAAGGGGUCUUGGUGACGGGCUCCCGAAAUUUGUCAAAUCUGAAGGAGUUUUGGGGCUCUACAAGGGAUUAGUGCCUCUAUGGGGACGACAAAUUCCAUACACUAUGAUGAAAUUUGCUUCUUUCGAGACCAUUGUUGAGCAAAUCUAUAAACAUGCCAUCCCCAGGCCAAAGAGCGAGUGCAGCAAAUCUCUGCAACUUGGUGUCAGUUUUGCUGGUGGAUAUGUUGCUGGUGUACUUUGUGCAAUUGUGUCUCAUCCUGCGGAUAAUCUUGUCUCUUUCCUGAACAACGCCAAAGGUGCCACAGUUGGUGAUGCUGUUAAGAAGUUUGGUGUGGUGGGUCUUUUCACCCGAGGUCUCCCUCUCCGUAUUGUUAUGAUUGGAACACUUACAGGAGCCCAGUGGGGAAUAUAUGAUGCUUUCAAAGUCUUUGUGGGACUGCCAACAACUGGUGGUGCUGCUCCUCCUGCUGAGAUCGCAAAGGCAUAAAGCAACCUAUGGUGACCAUUUAUAUUUUGUUUGAGUAACGCAGUAAAGCAGAAAUAGGGACCAUAAAUAAACAGAGGGCUGCUGUGGUUGCCCAAGUUCUCAAGUUCAGACACUGUCUACAUUUUUCCUGCAUUUGGUCAUUUAAUUUUUGGUAGGAUGAUUUUGCUCCCAUCUCUUCCAGUUGCUGAAAACUUUUUAGGUAGGAAUGAUAUAAUUUGUGUGUUAGGAUUACUACACGCAACUUUCAAACGGGAAUACACAUUUAUUUGAUUGUUUAUGCAUAAGCAUGGACGCAUAUGCAGUGCUUGAGAUCCAAUUUUCUUCUAUUAAUUUUCAUCUGGAAUAUAUUUUUGGCGUUAAAAGAAA